GUUCAAACCUCUUAAAAGUUGAUUCUGCAUAAUAUGUCUCUCCUUUAAGCAUUUGCCCUUCAGUGUGAGGAUCUCCGGUUCAAACCUCGUCCAAGGACAUACUGUUAUUAUCACUAACAGGAAAGUUCCAUCCCCUUGGUCUCCUUCCUCCGUGUGGCCGUACAUGAGGCGUGUGCUCCGGGAGAGGGAGAGAGGGAGGGCCGCCCCAGAGCCAGACGGAGCGUGGCUGCUUCAUUUGUCGCAUCAGCCUGCCCCAAAACAUCCCCCGCUCCUCCGCUCAACAUGCCUCUCUCUCGGGCACACUCACCGGGAAAAUAACCCUCUUCCUCCCCCUCGACCACGGGACCGAUCCUCCAGCAGCUGCCGUGGCCUCGCUCCGUCCGCACGCCGGGCUCUGAGGGGGGCAACGCGGCUAGGAACACCCCGCUUCGCCCGGUGUGUGGUUCGGCUAGCGGCGAGAGCUAACCGCGUUUAGCCGGGGAGGAGGCUGAGGAGAGCGGGUAAUAUACCUCCAUACCUGCACCGGGAAGGAUCUGCCUGCAUCCAUGUGACAGUACAAAGGUAUCUUAUUUUUACUGGUCAUGGACUUGUACCCACUCACAGCCUGAAGAUGGAUUGAAGUGCAUGGAGGCGCUGUCCCAUUGUGUGAAUAGGACGACUGCUUUGUCAGGUUGAGUUUUUGGUCCCUUCUCUCUGCGGUGGCGAGACUCAGAGGGAGAGAUGCCUCCACGGCCGUCCUCCGGAGAGCUAUGGGGGAUCCACCUCAUGCCCCCCAGGAUCCUGGUGGACUGUCUCCUUCCCAAUGGUAUGAUCCUGACUCUGGAGUGUCUCAGAGAAGCCACCCUCAUCACCAUCAAACACGAGCUGUUCAAAGAAGCUCGGAAGUACCCACUGCACCAGCUGCUCCAAGAAGAGACCUCCUACAUCUUUGUGAGCGUGACACAGGAAGCGGAGCGUGAGGAGUUUUACGAUGAAACUCGGAGACUGUGCGACCUGAGGCUCUUUCAGCCUUUUCUUAAAGUCAUCGAACCUGUUGGCAACCGAGAAGAGAAGAUACUCAACAGGGAAAUUGGUUUUGCCAUUGGGAUGCCUGUGAUUGAGUUUGAGCUGGUGAAGGACCCAGAGGUGCAGGACUUCAGGAGAAACAUCUUAAACGUUUGUAAAGACUCAGUGGAGCUGAGAGAUGCCAGCGGACCCCACAGCCGCGCUCUGUAUGUGUACCCCCCCAACGUGGAGUCCUCACAGGAACUGCCCAAACACAUCUACAGCAAACUCGACAAAGGUCAGAUUAUUGUUGUGAUUUGGGUGAUCGUCUCUCCAAACAACGACAAACAGAAGUACACCCUGAAAAUCAACCAUGACUGCGUCCCCGAGCAGGUCAUUGCAGAGGCCAUCCGUAAGAAAACUCGUAGCAUGCUGCUCUCUCCUGAACAGUUAAAGAUGUGUGUACAGGAAUACCAGGGCAAAUACAUCCUCAAAGUUUGCGGCUGUGACGAGUACCUCCUGGAGAAGUACCCCAUCAGCCAGUACAAGUACAUCCGCAGUUGCAUCAUGUUGGGGAGGAUGCCAAACCUGAUGCUGAUGGCGAAGGACAGCCUCUACACUCAGCUGCCCACAGACACCUUCGUCAUGCCCUCGUACUCUCGCCGCAUCUCCACGGCAACGUCCUACAUGAACGGAGAGGCGGCGUCCAAGUCUCUGUGGACCAUCAACGGGACCCUGCGCAUACGCGUGCUGUGCGCCACCUACGUCAACGUCAACAUCCGAGAUAUCGACAAGAUUUACGUGAGAACAGGAAUCUAUCACGGAGGAGAGCAGAUGUGUGACAAUGUCAACACCCAGAGAGUCCCCUGUUCUAACCCCAGGUGGAACGAGUGGCUCACAUACGACAUGUACAUCCCAGACGUGCCGCGCGCCGCCCGCCUCUGCCUCUCCAUCUGCUCCGUCAAAGGCCGGAAGGGAGCCAAAGAGGAGCACUGUCCUCUGGCCUGGGGGAAUGUAAACCUGUUUGAUUACACUCACACUCUGGUGGCCAAUAAAAUGGCUCUGAACCUGUGGCCGGUCCCUCACGGCCUGGAGGACCUGCUCAACCCCAUUGGAGUCACCGGCUCCAACCCCAACAAGGAAACUCCAUGCCUGGAGUUGGAGUUUGACCACUUCAGCAGCCCUGUGAAGUAUCCGGACAUGAACGCUGUGGAGGACCAUGCAAACUGGACCAUCUCCAGAGAGCUGGGCUUCAACUGUAACCUCUCUGGGCAGAGUAACAGAGUGGCGCGGGAUCACGCUCUGACCGACAGUGACAGUGAACAGCUUCGACAGCUCAGCAACAGAGACCCACUGUCUGAUAUCACUGAGCAGGAGAAGGACUUCCUCUGGAGACACAGACACUACUGUAUGAACAUCCCUGAAAUCCUCCCUAAGAUCCUCCUCGCCGUGAAGUGGAACUCCAGAGAUGAAGUUGCGCAGAUGUACUGCCUGUUGAAGGAGUGGCCGUCCAUCCGCCCAGAACAGGCCAUGGAGCUGUUGGACUGUAACUACCCCGACCCCAUGGUCAGACACUUCGCUGUGCGCUGUCUCGACAAAUAUCUGACCGAUGACAAACUCUCCCAGUACCUCAUUCAACUCGUACAGGUUCUUAAAUAUGAGCAGUACCUGGACAAUCCUCUGGCCCGUUUCCUGCUCAAAAAGGCUCUGACCAACCAACGGAUCGGACAUUUCUUCUUCUGGCAUCUCAAGUCAGAAAUGCACAACAAAACAGUGAGCCAGCGUUUCGGUCUGCUGUUGGAGGCGUACUGCCGGGCCUGUGGGAUGUACCUGAAACACCUGAGUCGACAGGUGGAGGCUAUGGAGAAACUCAUCAACCUCACAGACAUCCUCAAACAGGAGAAGAAGGAUGAGACGCAGAAGGUCCAGAUGCGGUUUCUUGUGGAUCAAAUGAAGAGGCCUGAUUACAUGGAUGCACUGCAAAACUUCACCUCCCCUUUAAACCCUGCUCACCAGCUCGGGAACCUCAGGUUGGACGAAUGCAGGAUCAUGUCGUCAGCGAAGAGGCCUCUGUGGCUGAACUGGGAGAAUCCUGACAUCAUGUCCGAGCUUCUGUUUCAGAACAAUGAGAUCAUCUUCAAAAAUGGAGAUGAUUUGCGUCAGGACAUGUUGACUCUGCAGAUCAUCAAAAUCAUGGAGAACAUUUGGCAGAACCAGGGUCUUGAUUUGCGGAUGCUCCCGUACGGCUGCCUCUCUCUGGGGGACUGUGUGGGGCUGAUCGAGGUGGUGCGUAACUCUCACACCAUCAUGCAGAUCCAGUGUAAGGGCGGCCUGAAGGGGGCGCUGCAGUUCAACUCCAACACGCUGCACCAGUGGCUCAAGGACAAGAACAAGGGCGAGAUGUACGACAUGGCAGUGGAUCUGUUCACCAGGUCCUGUGCUGGCUACUGUGUAGCUACAUUUAUCCUGGGGAUUGGAGACAGACACAACAGCAACAUCAUGGUCAAAGAUGAUGGACAGCUGUUUCACAUUGACUUUGGGCACUUCCUUGAUCACAAAAAGAAGAAAUUUGGAUACAAACGUGAGCGAGUGCCCUUCGUCCUGACGCAGGACUUCCUCAUCGUCAUCAGCAAAGGCUCCCAGGAGUGCGCCAAGACCAAAGAGUUUGAGCGUUUUCAGGAGAUGUGCUAUAAGGCGUACCUGGCCAUCCGGCAGCACGCUAACCUCUUCAUUAACCUGUUCUCGAUGAUGCUGGGCUCUGGGAUGCCUGAGCUGCAGUCCUUUGACGACAUCGCCUACAUCAGGAAGACUCUGGCCCUGGAGAAGACGGAGCAGGAGGCGCUGGACUACUUCAUGAAGCAGAUGAACGACGCUCAUCAUGGAGGGUGGACCACCAAAAUGGACUGGAUCUUCCACACCAUCCGACAGCACGCACUGAACUGAGCUACAGCGCCCCCAUGAGGGAGUCAUCUCAAUCAGCACCAGACCAUCAGAUUGACAUUACACUACAAACAAGGGGGAGACAAACACUAAACACUGCACUAAAACACUAAAACAACUCUCCCUCCUUGGAAAUUUUAAAAACUUUAACAUUAAGUUUUAAAUUGUAUUGAGUGGUUGUGUUUUAGACAGUUUAUUACCUCCAGCCGAUGACAUGGGAAAAGAAGGAGCAGGUGAAUCAGGGUAUGAAUUGUGAGCGGCUAGAAUCAAAACUUCUACGUUGGCUGCGCAAUUCUAAAUAGUCAAAGAUGCACUAUGUAGCUUUUCCUGCUCGUCGUUUCCAUAGAAAUGUUGUUGCCUUUGCCUCGAAUGUUCCACACUAUGGCAUUAAACUGAUCUGGCACGCAUUGUUAAAUUUUAGGAAAUAAAAACCUUGAAACUUGUUACAAAAAAACUUAUUUAACUUGUAAUUUGUCCUGGUGGUAUUAUCUACUGUUUCCAUGGAGAUCAGUAAGGUCGGUAAUGCUUAAUGACAUACUCUGGAACAUUCUGGCAAAUAUUCAAAGCAAAUUCAUCCCCAUGGAGACAAGUGGCAGAAUUGUAUGAACGAGAUAAAAAAAAAUACGAAUCAGGACUUCAUUUUAAAUUAUAAAAAUGGUUAAUCCAAUCAAAAUAAAUAAAAAAAAAUUAACUUUUAAAUAUUUAUUGUUUCAUCGUAUACAAGCCAGCCAAUAGGAGCUUGCCCCCUGUUCUCGCUUGUGAUUGGCUAACGCUUGAUACCAAACUUGACAGUAACUGGCACUUUUUGUUCAUUGUUAUUUAUAAUUUUCUAUAGAUUAAAACAUAAAUAUAGAAGUAGGGAAGGUAAAAGUGCACUAUUUAACUUUUUCCACUUGUUUAUCGCCAUGGAGAUGAUAUUGCUUUGACCUGAAUGCCCCACAGUAUGUCAUGAAACUCCACCUUGCAUUUAUUUAAUUACAAAAAUACACUGAAAAACAUGUAUUCACAAUGGAAAUAGAUCAGUUUAAUGCCAUAUUCUGAACUAUUUGAGCCAAAGGUGGUGGACUCUACAAUAGAAAAGUUACUUAGUGAAGCAUUAAACCAUUCUGUAUCCAAAUAACACAAGUAGUUCAACUAUUUUGUGUAAAUGUGCCAAUGUUUUAUAGAUAUUAAGCUACUGAUAGGAACGUCUGAACAGGUCGCUCUGCCUUACUGUGACUAAAAGCAAUUUGCACUUUAAAUAGAAUAGUACUGAAGAUAACGUGUAUUUUUUAAUUAACUUUCAAAUUUGCAAGUUGCCAUUUAUUGCCUGUUUUGCUCCAUUUUACAACAAUUUGACAAUCAUCAAUCUGAGGUAAUACACUGUCUAAAAAAACAACACUAUUUUCUGAUCUGUGUUCUAAUGUUGUUUCCUCAUCACAAACAGACCUGGAGUUGUGUUUUGUUUCAUUCACACAUGUUUAACGCAAAAACCUGCAGAUUUAGUCUGAGAUUUUCUCUCAGUAGAAAUAGAAAACUGUCUGGUCCACCUUGUGAUGUCAUGUGGUAAUAUAGGAAAUGCUCCACUGUGUUUAGGGGCGCCCAGUACGUUGAUUGCGAUGUACCAGUUGAUCGCUGAGGUAAUGCGGGUAAAUCGCAGUGUCUUAGUACUCGUCCUGGACUCGAUCUUCGACUUGUACUCGGUAUUGUCUCUUUCGCGAGGUCUGACACUUGACAAGAGCCGCUGCUGUUCGUACUAAACUUGUGCCAGCAUGCGGGAGUGUGCGCGGAGUCUCACUAGAGCCUGUGUGUUCAUUUGGAACCCGCAAAUUACAAACACACACACGCUCCCUUCGCGCUUUCUUGUUCGCAACAGCGUGUGCCCUCGUGUACCAGCGUGUAUCACAGGGCAGGUUAAACUUUUUUAAAACAUUCUACCUGUCCAUCGGCCUCACAUCAGCACACCGCUCCUCACGUUUUCACGCUCUCUCUCCUCCCUAUCAGCACACACAGGCUUCAUCCUCAGUGCGCUGAUUAAAAGAGCAAGACAAAAUGCGAAGCAAAAACUAAUCUUAAUUUAUGGUACAGUGUUGGCACAGAGAAGCCAACAUCUCAGAACAGAUCUACUGCGACGUGGCUGAAUUUGCCUAAUAAAAGUGCACAAAUGCAUCUCUAUUUGUCACAAUGUGCGUUUGGUAAAUGUGCAGAGGUACACAUCACCGUAAAACCUGUAAGAGAAUGGAGCUCCAGUUAGGAACUUGAAAAACAGGUUUAAAAAUUCUACCCACUUCAUUCACUUUUUUCACAGUUUUGUGCAUAGUGCCAGUAGAAGUUCUCUUAAAGGGUGAGGGUUCAAAAAAGGGGCACAGGGUGUUUCAGUGCACUACAGUUUGUUUGGCUUUGUAGUAGGUGGAUCAUUUUGACACGGUCAUUUUAUAAGUAGCUCACUUGCUGAAAAAGUGUGGGCACCCCUGCUUUACUAGAAUCAUUUGGAUAAUUUCAGUCCGGGAACUGUCAGUCUCUAUUAAACUAAAGGUAAAAUGUAGCUGUUAACUUGAAAACUACCUCUUCCAGACAUGUGUAUUAGCAAGAUCAAGUAAUAGGAAUCAGGACGUCUCGACACUUCAUUUUAAAUUAGACAAAUGGUUAAUCCAAGCUGUUGUCAUUUAUUUUGGUCCAAAACAGAAACGGGUAUCACAGCGUCCUCCUCAGAUGCAGCAAGAAAACAGCUCAUGACAUCACGAGGUGGAACAUUUUAAGCUUUGUCGAUGUAGACGAAUAAUAAAGAAUUACUCAAACAUGUGUGAAUGAAACAAAACACAACUCCAGGUCUGUUUUUGAGGAGGGAACAACAUUCUAACAUGGUUUAAAGCUCACAAGAGUCAAUUUUGCGUCAUAUAGGACCUUUAAAACUAAUUAAAAAAUAAACUUUGAAGUAACCGUCCAGCCAAGGAAAUCCUGCUGCUCCGAGGAACAAGAAUCGCUGCUGUUUACGGAAAAAAGGGAUGAAAAAUAACUUGGAAUUAUGGAGUUUUUCCGGGAUCGUGAAGGCGGCCGUUUUGAACUUUUCCUCUUUACAAAUGUGACAUGACUCUUUGACUCACGGUGAACAAAAAAAAAAGACUCAAAAACUGCACUUCAAACAAAAUUAUGACGAGUUUUCGAAAUUAUUUAUGAGAGACACUUGUUCAUUUUGUAAAUAUCAGAUUUUUUAAUUUGUGUUUAACAUUUUUGCAGCUUCUAAAAACUACAUUUCCCUUUUUAUUAUUGAUUCAUUUCGAACUGCUGAGACUCCAUUUUGUAUUGUACAGUGUUAUAUUGAACGUAGCUCUUGUGCAGCUCAUCUGACAGUAUCUGAAUCUACAACAGUCAAAGUGCCAUUCUCUCUCUCUUACUAUGUAGAAAUCAGGAUUUUAUCAUCACAUCUCAACACUUAUGAUCCAGUUUAAAGGUGCAUUGCGUAACUUCUCGAGUGGAAUCUCCGCCACCAGUUUGUCUCCAUGGAAAUGCUUUGUCUGCUUUGUCUAGUACAGGGGUGUUAAACAUACGGCCCGGGGGCUGGAUACGGCCCUCCAAGACCUUUAAUCUGGCCUUCCGCUGAUUUUCUACUAAAAUAUUUUUAUUAUAUGUUAAAACCUGAAGACAGAAUUAGCCAUUUUUCGCCCCCCAUUCACAGUCAAAACCUCUGAUGUGCCCGCAGACAUGCAACUAAAAAUAAUAGAUUUACAGUUACUACCUUUGUGAGCAGGUUUUCUCAGUAAUGAACAUUAAUAAAACAAAGCUGCGCUCAAAGCUGAACACACAACACACAACACACAACACACAACAGACAAACACCUGAAUGACAUUGUGAAGACAGCAGCUCCUCAGGACAUGGUGCCUGAUGUUGAUGCACUUGUGGAGGCUAAAAGAUGCCAAGUUUCAGGAGCAAAAAGAAAGCAUGACUAAAUUCUAUGAAAUGCAUACAAGUUCAUGUUAAAACAUUGUGCUGAAAUUGCAUUUUUCUUAAAGUUUCAGGUUGUUCAUAAUAUUAUAAUAUUUUGUAAAAGUAAGAGUUCAUCAAUUAAAAAAGAUUUCUGUAAUAGAUUUGCGUUUCUCUGCACAAAUAUUUGAACUUAUUGUUAUUUUUGGGGUUUAUAUGUCAUGAGUUUUCUGAUCCGGCCCCUCUGGGAUCAAAGUAGGUUGGAUACGACCCCCGGACCAAAAUGAGUUUGACACCCCUGCUCUAGAAUGUUCCACAGUAUAGACUAAACCUACAGUAUCUAUCACAAGGGAGACAAGCAGGUUACAGCACUACGCUACGUUACAGGACAGAUCUGUGGAGAGGCACCCCUAUUCACAGAAUUAUUAUUGUAUUUAUGAGCAAUAGAGAUACACGUAAUGAAUAAAUGCUAGAUGGAUAUGUUUAAUGUCAUAACAUGGAAUAUUCCAGGCAAAGCAAUAACAUCUUCAUGGAGACAAGCAAAUAGCAGACCCUCCAGUAGAACAGUUGCACAAUGCAGCUUUAAAUGUCGGUAUAAUAGUAACAGUAAGUACCGUAUUUUUUGGACUAUAAGGUGCAAUAUCAAUAAUGUUGAAUUCUCUUGUCUAUUGUCAUACAUAAGAUGCACUGGAUUAUAAGGAGCAUGAAGCGAAACAAACGGGCGACACUUGAGACUGAUCCUUAGCCCAGGCGUCCACCAUCCAUUGACAGCUCAUGGUGUAAUUCGCCCGGCGUUGCCUCCCUGUCUUGGUGAAUGUGGAUUAUGAAUGUGAAUGUAGGUGGAUCAUAUAAGUUUUUUCUUUUUUUUUUUUCCCCUACGAGGACGACUCAAAUAUACAUCAGGUAAUAAUGUGUUUAAUUCAGCUUUGUGCACAUUUCUUUACAUUUUACAGAAACAAAACUUAAAAACACAUGACUCAUUUGCAUAAACUAUAAGCACUGAAAAACAGCUCGUUCCUUGUGCGCUGAUGCGGUUCAGCUUCUGUCGGACUAAAGGACACGACUCCGCGAGGCUCCUGACUACAGCAGCCAUAAUGCUCCAACAAUCCAUCAAGCGGUGCAGCUUUGUAACUUACCAAAGUCGUACUAAAACAUUUUGACAGAUUUUUGAGCGCCGUGUACCACAUAAAAUCAGUUCGAUGUCAGUAAGCACAACCAGAAUUAAUACAUAAGGCGCACCAGAUUAUAAGGCGCACUGAUGAUUUUUGAGAACAUUAAAUGUGCGCCUUAUAGUCCAAAAAAUACGGUAAAUAAACCAAUGGAGAUUUGAAGGUGUUAACUACUGGAGUUAGACUUCGCUCAAAAGUAGGACUGCUCUUGCCUGAUAAAUCCAGAAUAACAUCUCUCUGGAUUUGUGUUUUUGAUACUUUGCAGUGACAUCAUGCUGGAGGUGUUCUUUGGCGACACAGUGCACACAUUAGCAAACACAGCCAAAAACCUUUAAGAUAGUCUGGAAAAAAAAAAAAAAACUAGCUUGUGACUCUAAUGUUAUUUGAGAGAGCCUUAUUUAAUCAUAAGAAAAUCAGAUCACUUAUUGUAGUUCCUACUAAGUCAGUUCUUUCUGGUGUUGAAAGUCCAGUAAAGCCUCAGACAGAGCAGUGCCUCCAGUUAGCAUCACACCCCCAGAGAAUGUGGAUGACAUCAGCCGCAAAGUAUCUGUACAGAGGGAUGUCAGUCUGGUCACCACUCCCUCCGUCGCACCUCGAGUUAGAACCAAACAUGAUCCACAGCCAAUCAGAUUUGUUUAUUUCAGUGCCGCAUGUGAAACGAAGGAGCUCAUUGGUCACACGCGAUUUUGAACAAAAAGACAUUUCUCUCACCGCAGAUGAACACUUUAGUGCUUCGCUCAUUGUUUCUGCAGAAAUCUGUGAGGUUUUUCAGUCCCUAGUGAUAUUAUUUUCUUGUUUCUUAUUUUUGUCUCGAUUCGGACGGACCAAUGCCUGUCCCUGAUUGGCUCAACCACCUGUCAAUCACGCCCAUUUAAACUCUGGGAGAUUCACCAGUGACCAGACUCACAUCUUUAUAACGUAUCGGAGAAGUGUGUAUUGUGGAUCCCGGGCAAGAGCUUUUGAGAAAAAUGAUCACAAAUCUCAAAGGAGCAAGUAUUUAGAGAAUAAAAUGUCCAAUGCAAAGAAGAAAA